GUGUGCGUGCGUCAGGUCGCUGUUUUGUCAGAACGGGGUAAAAAUUGAAAACAAAAAAAGUGAAGCAAAAUCCCAACCAGCGUCACGGCGUACAUCGUUUUCCCCGUUUUUGGCUGGAAAAUCGAACGGCAAGAUUGCAUCCCUCGUGUGUGGCGUGUGAUACGCUUUGCGCGGAAGCUGUGUAGGAUAAAGUUACGCGCGUGGUAGAUUCCUGUCGGGCAGCAGAACAGUGGCUCGAAUACACUUGGUGCGAUUGAUUAGACGCUUCCGUCGCUUGUAAGGUGGGGGUGGUUUGUUGUUGCGUACGACGGGGGUAAAAUCUGGGCAUGGCAGCCACCGAAAACGUUCCAGCAUCGACGUACCGUGUGGUGGGUGCAAUUUUUGCGAGGUGCAAUAUUUGUCCGUAAAUGUAGUGAAUGAAGCGAAAACACUGUAUGCACUCUUCCUUUAGUGUUAUCAAAGUUGGCGAGCGGCAGGUUGCGGACCAUAGUAACAUCGUUGUAUGCGCGCUUGUGUGUGGUUUGGUACGUGAAUGUGUGUGCGUGAGUGUUUAAAUGCGGAGGGGUGGUAGUCGCACCAAAAAGCAUGUGUUGAUGUACAAAUUGUGCAAAAGAUGAUAAACAACAAGUCGAAAAGAGGUAGCAUCUACUAGCGCGGGAAAACUGCCUAUCAGCUCCAUCCCCGUACAGCUAGGAAGAGACUUGAGCAGUGCACAACCCAGGUUGGUGGGUUUGGUGGGAACAAGAAGAGGACAGGUACGGACGGCCAGCCCCAAAACGUUCCACCCAAUCCCGUAUCAACAAUGACGGAGUACAAGUGCGUAAACUUCUCCGAACUGUGCCGCCUGUGCGCGAGCACCAAUGGACCGCGGUUGGGCAUCUACUCGGACGAGGGCCGUAAGAAGCGGAUACACCACAAGAUUACAGAAUCGCUCGGCAUCAAGAUCACCGAAUCGGAUCGUUUGCCAAAAUCGGUAUGCACCGCUUGCUUGAAGCAGGUGGAAGCGCACAAAGAAUUUCGCGAAGCGGCCGUAAAGGCACAGAGUUUGCUGGAAAGCUGUCUGCAUUCCCGGAGCGUUGAAAACGGUGGCAAGGUGUACAUCCGCGAUGUAAAGACGAAAGAAGCUUCGCAAACGGUGACACGAUCCCAGACGAGUGUGGUACACAUUUCACCCACUGCACCGGUUGUAAACAAUAGAACUUUGCAAGCAAAAUCAACACAGCAGCAGCAGCAGCAGCAACAACAGCAGCAGCAGCAGCAGCAGCAGCAACAACAGCAGCAACAGCGACAGCAGCAACAAAGACAACAGCAAAUCAGUUCUGCCCCGAUACUCAUCAACACCAUACCGAAAAGUGUUGUCCAGACGGUGAACGGCGUCGGCACGGUCGUAAGCAGUUCCGGUGCGAACGUGCAACCGACCGUCUCUCUCACAGCCGUACCGUCGACCCUGCGAACCAGCACCGGUGGAGACUUUCUAAGCUCCAUCAUACAGUCGGUGGGUAUAAAAUCGGAGAGCGAACCGGCUCAAGUGGUGCAAACGGUGGGACAACACCAGCAGCAGCAGCAGCAGCAGCAGCUUAACCAACCGCAAAUACUGACGAUACAAAAUCAGCAGCAACCCAACCAGCAGUACACGAUAACGUUCGAUGCGGGAACUACGCUAAAGGGAAACAACGUACAGUACAAGCUGGAGAAUAGUGCGCAGGCGCAAACAACCUUCACACAAGUCGAUGAGUUUAUAAAAAUUAAAUCGAGUCCACCGAAGCCGAUUAAGCGAGACUCUACGCAGAAUGCUAAGACUGAAGCAACGGAAGCGAAACGGAAACGGAUUCUUCAAAUCGUGAAACAACCGGUCCAGCAAACAUCACCGCAAAAGGCUACCAACGUGGGCAGCUUUACGAUCGAAGCUCCUACCAUAACGUCGCCCAUCGGGGCCACUGCAUCCGGAACCGUUUCGUCGGCUAACAUGAUCGUAUCGAAUGCGGGCACCAUCUACACUUCCACACCGCAGAAGACGUACACCAUGCCGGAAGUGAAGCUUAUCUCCACCAGCAACAACAACAAUCGAUGCAUCGUACCGGUGGUGCUGAAAAGUGAUGGUACUACGGAUGAUGGCUGUAGCAAUAAUAAUAAUAAUAAUAAUAACAAUAAUAACAGCAAUGUAUCGACCAUAUCGAUGGUCGGACAGCAGCAGGUGGUAAGUAGCGCACCACAACAGAACCAACAGGUGCAGCUGCUGUUGAAGCUUGAAACUGGGCCGGACGGUGUGGUGCGACUGGCGCCGGUACAGCAUCCACCGCUGGCAAUGCAACAAACGGCCAUGCCACAGUACGGUAUGGCAACCCUUGCCCAGCCGGUAACCGCCAUGCCACCGAUGACAAUUAUCGGACAAAGCCAACCGAUGGUACAAGCGCAGGUUGCGGCCGGUAACUAUGUGACGCUGGUAGGGAAAACAUCCUCCCAAACACAAACGAUCACCGAUAACAGUGGGCAGCAGGCGAGCGUUGUCAUGACGACGGCACCGGUUCCACAAGCAACGCUGCAACCGGUCCAUCAGCAGCAGCAGCAGCAGCAGCAGCAGCUACAGCAACAGCAGCCCCAGCAGCAGCAGCAGCAGCAACAAAUACAAACACAAAUCGUAAAGAAGCCGCAACAAAGCACCAACACCAGCACAGUGCAACAAACGCAACAACGUGCCAUUGUAUCGCUGGCCACGUCUACCGGUGCAAAAUCGGAACCACGUGCCGUCACCGCGCCACGCAAAGCUAUACCACCCCGCCAGCCGAUAUCUAACCCACCAAAGCUAGCACAUGCCGCCACGGCACCCAAACCGACCACCGUCAUCAAUGGUCAGAAAGUGACGGGUGGCGCAUCGUCCGGUGACAAAUCCGGCUCGACGACCAGCGGCCGCAUUGGGCUUGUCAUCACGUCAGCCCGAUCGUUGGCAACGUCGAACGGUAGCAACGCGCUGAACAGCUCCAAGACAAGCAACACAUCCGAGAACCGGUCGUUUAGUGAUCACGAUGGAAGCGACAACGAAAAUGCAGAAUCGGAAGCAAACCGAACCGCCCAAUCGUUGGUCGCAUCGCAACAGAUGAGUGCAAUUUCCGCCAUGUCCAGCAAACAGGAUGCGGUCGCGUCCGACCAGCAAACGAACGCGUCCACCGGUCGGCCGGGUGAGCGGGGAAGCGGCACGGCGGGUGGACGGACGGGCGGCGGCGAGGUAAGCAUAACGACGUGCGACGUCUGUCGGAAGACGUUCGGGCGGAAGGAGCAUUUGGUGCAGCAUCUGAAAUCGCACAUCGGGCUGCGUCCGUUCAAGUGUGAAGCGGCGGAUUGCAACAAGAGCUUCAGCCGGAAGGAGCAUCUGCUGCGGCACACGGUUUCGCACACCGGCGAGAAGCAGUUCGAUUGCGACAAGUGCCAUAAGAAGUUUUCGCGCAAGGACAAUCUCAACAAACACCGAAAAACGCAUAAAGAGCAGGAGAAUGCAUCGUCGUACAGCUGCAACAUUUGCAGCAAAGAUUUCUCCUCGAAGAGUCAAUUUUUGAAGCAUAAGGACACGCAUGGCUGUUACGAAGAGGAGUCAGAUACGCCAAAGCCAGUGCCAGCGAAAAAGCAAUCCCAGCCGGUAAAGACAGAACCGAAACAGCAAACCCCACCAGCAGGAAACACGAUCACCGUACUCGACUCGACCAUGGUAUCGAAACCUUCGCAACCGCCUCCCCCAUUGGCUCACGCUGCCGCACCGGUCGUGGUCGCGUCGGAACCAUCGCAAACGGUCGUUCAGUCGCUCCCGCUAACCAUCACCCAUGUGCCGACCACAACCACAACCAUCCAAUUACCUAUCCAGCAGCAAGUCCAUCAGCUCAUCCAACAGCAGCAGCAGCACCAGCAGCAGCCACAGCAUCAAAACGGUACAACCACCCAGCAGCAAAUAUUUACCAUCCCGGCCCAAAUACCGACCGCCAACGGGAAAUCUAUCAUUCAGCAUCUUCAGAUAGCGCUGCCGAACAACAUGGCCACCGUUUCGUCCGCCUCGAACAGUGGCACGGUACAGACGCUUACGAACGCGCAGGGUGCAACGCUGGCAAGCUUGGGUGCGGGACGGGCGACCAUUAUCAAUUCCGUGGAUGGGAAUGCGGUAUUUACGCUGCCGUCGAACUUUAUCUUCGAAACGUCGCAAAUCAUCAACACCAGCCGACAGUCGUAAGGUGAGUGGUAACCCUCGUUUUGUAAGGAGACCGAAGCAGUAUAUGCAGCUAGGCGGCGACACACAGCUCUCUCUCUCUAUGGGCAUGAUCUUCACCGGAAGGAAUCCGUAUCCGAUUGUAAUUAUUUGUACUAUUUACCUCUAGCAUCCAAGAUCACCUGUAGUGUGGCACGUGAUUUUAAAGAUUUCAUACGAAAGCAUUUAGCGAAAAUGGGGCAAUGAGAAUGUGUAAGAUACAGGUAAUAUAGCCCAGUGCCGCCAGUAGUCAUAGUCAUGCAUUGCUUAGCCAGCUAAAUAGCCGGAUUGUAUCAUAUUUAAGAGGAGCAAACUUCUUUGUUUUUGGCUUGCUAAAUUGCUGCUGCACCAGUGGAAGGACAGGCAUUUAUGCAAUUGAUUCCCAUUCUGCGCCAUCUCCGUAUCGUACAAACGUAAACUAAUUUUGAAUGAGUAAGGGCGAGAUCUGCAUGGCUUCCGGAGCUUAGGUGUAGAAUGUUUCGUAAUCGGUAAGAGAGCAUCGAGUGGCUAAUCAAGCACCCUGGAUCACACACACGGACUGACUGACAUGAAUAUGCACGAUUUCCUUUAAAAGGUCAUGCACCUUCUCCAGGACCGUUUUGAUUUUUAAAAUUCAACGCACGGAACAGCUGUUUCGCAUGUGUACAAUGGUUUUAUGUUUUAACUCCGUUCUCCAAACCGCGUGUAUAGUUCAGAACCCCCGUUCAGGUGUAUAUAAUACGUAACUUAUCAAUGAUUUAAAAUGCACACAUGCUUGUGAAAUAUUCCGACCGAGAGGCGGGAGAUUAGAAGGUACGUGGUUAGGGAAGCUUAAUGUCGUAGUAGAAUUAAUUUAUUGCGCUAGAUGUUUUAUGCCGUAAUCAGCAUAAUGCCCGGUUUAUUGCCAGCUAUUCCUUCUUCUCAGCCCCCCCCCCCCCCCUCCUCAAUUUGCACCCAAGAGAAGAGCCAAUAGGACAUGCCAUGCAGCAUGUGCCCGUUAGGAAAGGUUUAUGAUUAGUACUACGUAAGUCAAACCAAAUAUAUGUAUUUAAAAUGUG